AUGGUUGCCUUUCUCCAUAACCUCCGCAAAUCCAACCUUCUCAACCUCUUCUUCCGUACUCUUCAGCUCGUUCAAGGUCUGGUCGUGAUCGGACUCUACGGCGUGGAUCUCAACCGAGCCAACCGCGAACACAAAUACUCAGACGGCAAAUGGGUCUUCGCUGUUGUCGUCGGAUCUCUGGCGGCAUUCACGGCGGUCGCAUACGGACUCGUCAGUGUCUUCUUACAAUACCAGACCGUCGCCCGUCUCUUCGUAUGGGACUGGAUUCUCUUCAUCCUGUGGGCGGCCCUCUCGGGGAUCUUUGGAUCCAUGUACAUUGGGGAAAAGACCGAGAUGGAAUGGGGCAUACACCGUAUGAAAAUUGCCGUUGGGUUUGACCUAGCCGGGUUGGUCCUCUGGUUCAUUACCGCCGUCAUGGGUACUUGGUGGAUCUUCUCCCAGAGACGUGUUGCUGGUCGCGUGUCCGGCGGCAAGGAUUGA